AUGGAGGGGAUGGGAGGGGAGUGGAGUGGGGGAGUGGGUAAGGGUUGCGUCAUUGUGCGUGAUGAGGGCAUUUCUCCUGAUCAACCAUUAUGGUCUGAUACAGCGGACACGGUCAUUGGAGAAGACGGAAAGUCCUAUAAAACAAACCAUGCGACCGUCUGGCGUUGGAGAAGAACUUUUCAAAAUGAUUUUGUUACGCGGAUGCAAUGGACUCUGACCUCAAAUUUCUCGAAUGCUACUCAUCCUGCUGUUGUGAGAGUUAACGGACAUUUGGGACCAGAACCUUUGGUUGUUCCAGCAGGAUACAAUCAAUCUUUUGUUUUUGACGCAAGCGAGACGUAUGAUCCUGAUCACCCAGAGGAUAACAGCAAGCUGGAAUUUCAGUGGUAUCAGUAUGGUGAACCUUCCUUUCAUCUCCCGGAUGGCUUAGUUACUGCAUUGAACAUUGUUCCGACGUCAAUGCCGGAGGUGUAUGGGACACUUACAAGCAAUGAGUCAGGAUUCCAGAAUGUUACUCUUGGCCAAAAGGUUGAGGUUACAAUUCCAAGUUUGCCUGAGACUGCUACUGAGAAGCCGGAUUUACAUUUGAUCUUACAAGUUAGGAGUAAGAUGGCCAGCUUUCCUGUCACAAGAUAUCGAGAAUCAUUUUUAGGAUGGCUUAAGUGGAUGGAGAAAAAGCGUGGACUUCUCUUCCUAGCACCAAUGAGUUGCAUAUUGGGUGGAGGUUUUUUUCUCUACGCUUUAACUGCAUGGAAUGAGGUGGGAGGGUAGCUUAAUUCUGAGGGAGAGGAGAUGGCAUCUAUGAGUUGGCACAAUCAGUAAUAAGUAUCUCGCAUACAUACCACAUUUUCCCUUGGUUUGCCAUCAACGAGAUCGAGACGACCGAUUAAAGUUGAUUCAAUCCUCCAAACUCUAAGAAAAGCGUUUGGCCAUACUGUUACCGAAAGUGAACGAUGAACAUGGUUCUUUGCUUUGCUAUGCCCAGAACAGGCCCAAAAAUGGUUUCCAGUCACCUAAAAUGGGUGUAUGAUUCUUGUCUUGAGUCCAUCGUAUCAGAAGUUGUAGGCUGGGAAAGACUGACCUCUGUACUCGAGUAUUCAUCAUCUUACUACAGUACCUACAAGUAGUAAGGGUCUCAAGCAAUCACGUCAACCCUCGCCUCAUGGUUGCAUUUACAUAACCCAUUCUUGGCGUUGGAAGACCCAGCCUCGACUUUUCCAUUUGCAUCUAGAUCAUGUCACCGGAAAAUAUCUACACAUAUAUUGCAUCGUACAGAGGAUCAAGACACCAUUCGUGUUUCAGUAUACGUUAGACUCGUAUAUUCAACCGGAGUUAAUCAUCUACCUGCGUUUGCGAGAAGAGAAAAGCACAGGAAUAUGGAAAGUUCAUGAGAGAUGACCCGCUUCACUCAAACUUUACUGUAUUCAAUGCUUUGGGCUUGCUUGAAAAUGUCGAGUUCAAUGGCCGCGGGGGCCGUUGGUAUCAUGGUGGCGACGUAUAUCUUUUUUCGGGCGUUUUUAUAUCUCACGCAAGAUAAAAAAGAGCCUCCAAUGGUAUCUAGCGCUAUUCCUUUCGUCAGUCCCCUAAUAGGAAUGAUUCGAUGGAACAUGGACUUCUAUUCACAUAUGAGGUAGGUAGCGCACCCAGGCAUUUCGCAGAUAGAAUAGCGAAUGAACUCAAAUGUACCUUUACUGACAAAACGUCUAGAAAAAAGCAUCAAAUUUGCCUAUAUAUACUCCCCGAAUUCCUGGAGUUCGACUCUCUGUUAUCAAUUCAUUGGACCUCGUACCAGUGGUACAGCGUCAAUGGCGGACACUAAUCUUUGCGCCUAUCCAAGUCAAGGCAGCACAAGCAGCCAUGGGAGCAAGUAAAGGGGCCGUAGAAGUGAUGAACCGGGACUUUGUCACUGAAAAUGGCUUCAUCAAUGGCAUGGUCAAGGCGACGCAUCCCUCUAUGAUCAAAGGCCCAGCACUUAACGCUUUGAAUUCGAAAGCUUUCGAGAUAUUCGAUGACGCUUUGAGGUUUGAACGCCCAAGCACUGUCAAUCUGUUUGUAUGGGUCGGCAAAAUUAUCAUGCAUGCUACUACAGAUGCUAUAUAUGGGCCUUCCAAUCCUAUGAGAGAUGGAAAGAACCUCGAAGGAUGGCAGUAAGUAUUCAAUCAUCCCGUGGUGCAGCCAAAAUUAAUUAACUGACUAUCCUCAACAGUAAAUAUCGUCCGGCGUUAAUGCUUAUGAUGUUGGAUAUCCUUCCGCAGAAACUAUUAUUUAGAAACGCUGUUGGGGGUCGUGAGCAUCUCGUAAAGAGUUUCGCAAACUACUACCACGAUGGCAGUUACAAACAAGGAUCCGCCUAUAUCCGGCAAUUCGUAGAACACUGUAUCAAGCAACAACUGCCUGAAGACGAUAUCCCAAGACUUCUACUAGGCACUGUCUUCAACAAUAUCGCCAAUACCAUCCCGGCUGCCUUCUGGCUUAUAUAUCAUCUCUUUAGUGAUCCAGCCGUGCUGAAAGACUGCCAAAAAGAAGUGAGAGGGGCAGUAAGUGAAAGCCAAGAUGGAGUCUCAGUAAAUCUCAGCGUCAUUCUUAACUCGUGUCCUAUCCUCAACUCAAUUUAUCAAGAGGUUUUCCGUUAUCACGGGACAGCCAACUCAGUUCGUGUGGUAUCCUAGGACCACAUGCUAGACGAUAAAUAUCUGCUGAAGAAAGGGGGACUGGUCAUGGUGUCAGGAAGGAGCCGACAUACCAAUGCCGAGGUAUGGGGUGAAGAUGUGGACAAAUUCUACUACAGACGAUUCGUCAAACAAAGCAGCAAAAGUUCCAAUCCCGUCGCUUUCCGCGGAUUUGGAGGUGGUGUAACUCUCUGCCCUGGUCGCCACUUCGCAACAAGUGAGAUUCUGCUACUGGCUACUCUGUCACUCUUGCGUUGCGAUAUUCGACCCAAGAACGAUAUUUGGGAAGCCCCGUCGAGAGCGAUGUCAUCGCAAGCUGAAGCCGUGGACCAGCCUGAUUAUGAUAUUGAAGUCGAGGUUAUUCACCAUACAGAGAACAGUGGCAAACCAUGGAAGCUGGUAUUUGAGGGAGAUACGAGCUCCUAG